UUCAACAAUGAACAUCGCUAAAGAGAAUUUAAAAGUGAUUUUAUUUUUUGCACAAUCAAUAAUUUUUGUAUUUGCAACACCAGUUGAAUUUAGAGCCGAUAAUGGAGAGUUAUAUAUAAUUGAAACAAGUGAAGAGUAUAACUGGUAUCAGGCUUGGCUCAAUUGUUCGCAACAGAACGGACAACUUGUAACCAUAAAUACUGAAGAAAAGAGUAAAUUUUUGCAAAACAUUUUUGAAAGUAAUCAGGUUAAAUUUACAAAUUUAUGGACCGGUGGCAAAGCUUCUAUAAAUACUGCUGAGAACAAUAUGCCUUUUUAUUGGCAGUCUUUAAAACAAGAAUUUUCUUACACACAAUGGGAUAAAAAUCAACCUAACAUAAGCCUAACAGAGCCAUUAUGUGUCUAUAUAACUAACAACUCUGAAGUGCCCUAUAGCUGGAUAUCUGAUGUGUGUUAUGACCUUAAAAUUGGUUACAUAUGCGAAAUAUCUGAAGAUUCAAACUCCCCAAACAUAAAAGAACACAUCAACUUUAACGACCACAAUAAGUUUGAUGAAAUGUCACAGCAUUCAUUAUUGCCAACUGAUUUAAAUAGGUUGGGUAAUUAUACAACUGCCUGGAGGGAUCUUGUUCGAAAAGCUAUAAGAAAAACCCAAAUAAACAUCGUUAGAAGCUUUUUUCAAAUAGAACACUUUAUUGCCAAGUUACGGGGCAUUAAAGAAAACGUGAAUUAAAAGUAUAAGUUCUAUCAAGUUGCCCAUAGUAAUCGGAUAAUAUAUAUACAAUUUUU